AAUGCGUCAACAAGAAAUGCGAAACUUUGCCUGCGCCGUCACUUGGGUUUAACCUGCUCGGCCGGAGACAUGGCGGUCUCACCCGAGAGAAGCCUAUUAGGGACGGUUAUCGUUCUUUUACUCCUUUCGGAAGGAUAUUUUCGAUUGGCUGACGCUGCACACUGUGUGUGGUACGGUGAAUGUGGGGACUCGAAACAGGUGCCAGGAAAGAAAUACAACUGCAACUACACUGGUCCUCCCAUUCCACUGCCCUCUGAGGGGCAUGAGCUGCUCACGGAACUUUGUCCUGGAUACGACUAUGGAGACCGGAGUCUUUGCUGUAACAUUGACCAGUUGCGCACUCUGGAAGCCAGUCUGCAGCUGCCACUUCAGUUCCUGUCUCGCUGCCCAGCCUGCUUUUUGAAUCUGAUGAACCUCUUCUGUGAGCUGACAUGCAGCCCCCAUCAGAGUCAGUUCCUCCAAGCGACAAAUAUCACUGGGAAAAAUGUGAUAGAAGUGCGUUACUUUAUUGGACAAAGUUUUGCCAAUGCCAUGUUCAAUGCCUGUCAGGAUGUUCAGGCACCAUCCAGCAACGUGAAGGCAUUGUCACUUUUAUGUGGCAAGGAUGCAAAGGAAUGCAAUGCUACCAACUGGAUUCAGUACAUGUUUGAUAUCAACAAUGGACAGAGUCCUUUCCCUAUCCUCCCACAAUUUUCAGAUGUCCCAGUGUCUGGGUACACACCCAUGAACAACAAGACAUACAACUGCACAGAGGUCCUGGAGGAUGGUUCAGGCCCUUGCUCCUGUCAGGACUGUGCUAAAGCCUGUGGUCCAAAACCUGUGCCUCCCCCUGCCCCCUCUCCCUGGAAGAUCUUUGGUAUUGAUGCCAUGGUUGUCAUCAUGUGGAUCUCUUAUAUGGCCUUUCUGCUCAUCUUUGUUGGAGCUGUACUUGGAGCGUGGUGUUACAGGAGAAGUGCAAUCAUGUCAGAAUAUGGCCCCAUACUGGAGAGUAAUAAUCCACUGUCUCUCAACAGUGAUGGUUCUGACCAAGCGAAUGCUUCAUGCUGUGAAACAUGUGGGGAACGCUUUGAGAAUUUACUGCGAACUGUCUUCAGCCACUGGGGCUCCUUCUGUGUGCGUCACCCCUUCCUGGUGAUAUUGGGAAGCCUGAUUCUGGUGGCAGCUGCCUCUGGGGGACUGGUUCAUAUGCGCCUCACCACUGACCCUGUUGAACUGUGGUCAUCACCACACAGCCAGGCUCGCCAGGAGAAGGACUACUUUGACACUCACUUUGGACCCUUCUUCAGAACUGUACAGUUGAUUAUAACCACCCCGCUCAAUGUCUCUUCAACAUACCAUCCGUACCCCUCGGGAUCAGCUGUCCCCUUUAGCGCCGUACUCAAUAAAGACAUCCUUCACCAGGUUCUGGAUCUGCAGCUUGAAAUUGAAGCCCUGGUGGCAACAUACAAUGGCAAGAACGUCACUCUAAAAGACAUCUGUCUUUCUCCGCUGGCCCCGUACAAUGACAACUGUACCAUCCUGAGCGUUCUCAACUACUUCCAGAACAGCCACGCUGUGCUAGACCACAGUGUUGGGGACUGGUUCUUUGUCUAUGCAGACUAUCACAGCCACUUCCUCUAUUGUGUCAGCGCACCAACAUCACUCAAUGACACCACCGCCCUCCAUGACCCCUGUUUAGGCACAUUUGGUGGCCCCAUCGAUCCCUGGUUGGCCCUUGGGGGUUACGAUGAGAGCAACUACAACAAUGCCACCGCUCUGGUGAUCACCUUCCCUCUGAACAACUUCCUGAACGACACAGUGAGGCUCGGAAAAGCUUUGGCAUGGGAGAAAGAAUUCAUCCGGUUCAUGAAGGAUUUCAAAAACCCCAACCUUACUAUAGCCUUUAGUGCAGAGCGGAGUAUAGAGGACGAAAUUGACAGAGAGAGCGACAGUGAUAUCGGCACUAUUCUCCUCAGCUAUGCCAUAAUGUUUGUUUACAUCUCCCUGGCCCUGGGUCACAUCCACAGCUUCAGGAGACUGUUGGUGGACUCUAAGAUUUCUCUGGGUAUAGCAGGUAUCCUAAUAGUCCUCAGCUCUGUGACUGCCUCACUGGGCAUCUUCAGCUAUGUCGGCAUCCCCCUCACCCUCAUUGUUAUUGAGGUCAUUCCAUUCCUGGUCCUGGCUGUUGGCGUGGACAACAUCUUCAUUAUUGUGCAGACCUACCAGAGGGAUGAGCGGAUGCCCCAGGAGGAACUUCAUCAGCAGAUUGGCCGUGUUCUUGGAGACAUAGCCCCCAGCAUGUUCCUCUCGUCGUUCUCUGAGACGGUGGCUUUCUUCCUGGGAGCCUUGUCCAACAUGCCAGCAGUGAGGACGUUCUCUCUCUUCGCUGGCUUGGCUGUUUUUAUUGAUUUCCUGUUGCAGAUCAGCUGCUUUGUCAGCUUGCUGGGUUUAGAUGCCAAAAGACAGGAGGGGAAUCGAUUUGACAUCAUGUGCUGUGUGAAGCUGCCAGAAGGUCAAGAAACAAAGACAGACGGCCUCCUCUUCCGCUUUUUCAAAAAAGUCUAUGCUCCAUUCAUUCUCAAAGAAUGGGUGCGACCCAUCGUAGUGGCAGUGUUUGUGGGGAUGUUGUCCUUCAGUAUUGCUGUGGUUAAUAAAGUAGAGAUUGGACUGGAUCAGAAGCUCUCUAUGCCUGAUGACUCUUAUCUGCUGGACUACUUUAGGAACAUGAGUGAGUAUUUCCACGCUGGAGCGCCGGUGUACUUUGUGGUAGAAGAUGGUCUCAACUACAGUCGGCCAGCAGAGCAGAACAUGGUGUGUGGAGGAGUGGGCUGCAACAACAACUCCCUAAAUCAACAAGUCUAUGAGGCCUCACUCAUCAGCAACUACACAACCAUUGCCUUCGCACCGUCCUCCUGGCUUGAUGACUACUUUGACUGGGUGAAGCCUCAGUCCUCAUGCUGUCGAUACUACAACAGCACUGGAGGUUUCUGCAACGCCUCGGUGGUAAAUUCAUCGUGUGUUCACUGUCGACCCAUGACUCCCAGUGGGAAGCAGCGGCCUGAGGGCAACGACUUCAUGCGAUUUCUGCCCAUGUUCCUGUCAGACAAUCCCAACGUCAAAUGUGGAAAAGGUGGCCAUGCAGCCUACGCCACAGCAGUUGACCUGUAUCCCAACAACACGGGCAUUGGAGCCACAUAUUUUAUGACCUACCACACCAUCCUGAAGGACUCACCUGACUUCAUAGAUGCUCUGAAAAUGGCCAGAAGCCUCGCUCACAACAUCAGUCAAUCCAUGAACCACAGCGUCUUCGCCUACAGCGUCUUCUACGUGUUUUACGAACAGUACCUCACCAUUGUGUUCGACACGGCCCUGAACCUGAGCUUGUCGCUGGCGGCCAUAUUCGUGGUGACGACGGUGCUGCUGGGCUUCGAGCUGUGGGCCGCCGUGCUCGUCAGCGUCACCAUCGCCAUGAUCAUCAUCAACAUGUUUGGCGUCAUGUGGCUGUGGAACAUCAGCCUCAACGCGGUCUCACUCGUCAACCUCGUCAUGAGUUGUGGGAUCUCGGUGGAGUUCUGCAGCCAUAUUGUGCGAGCGUUUUCGGUCAGUGUGAAGAAGAACAGAGUGGAGCGAGCUGAAGAGGCUCUGGCUCACAUGGGAAGCUCUGUCUUCAGUGGAAUCACACUAACAAAGUUUGGAGGGAUCUUAAUCCUGGCGCUUUCCAAGUCUCAGAUCUUCCAGGUUUUCUACUUUAGGAUGUACUUGGCCAUCGUCCUGUUGGGGGCCACUCACGGCCUCAUCUUCCUUCCUGUGCUGCUCAGCUAUAUAGGUCCUUCAGUAAACAAAGCCAAGGCAUUUGCUGCUAAUCAGCGCUACGCUGGCACAGAAAGGGAGCAUCUCCUCAACUACUAGUGGGUCGUUAAAGACAUUGACCACUUUGUCUCUGGGAACUGAAUGAGCGUGACGCCGUUUCUAUGAUCACUGACACAUUUGAAGUCAUAAACAGUACUAUGCACAGAUUUAACUCAGGAAUAUACUUGGAAUAGAAGAGGCAAAGGUCUCUGCGCUGCAGAUGCAUCGAUUUCAGCAGAAGACUUUGGACCCUUGCUGUUCUCCACACACUACAAGGCAGGCCAGACUUCAGUACGUGAAGCUUGAGCAACAUACUGUGGGAAAACAGGCCUUUGACUGUGUGGAAGUAGGAGAGACAGACGCUUCAUCAGUUUACAGACAAGCCUUCAGUCAGAUCCAUUUGAGAUAAUUAAGAAAAUGUGGGAGAACUUAAAAUGGUUAAAACUGGCAACUUUUGUUGUUUUAAAUGUACAUCAGAAAAAUGAGGAUUGUUUUGCAAAAGCUUACUUAAGACUUACUCACCAAACUUAGCAGACCAGCAGCGAUUGCUUGGCAUCAACAUGGAUCAUGUCUGAACAAUGCUUCUUAGGUUUGUAUACAGGCUGACCGUUCAUGGUGGCAGUGCAGGUAUUCAUCUUUAGCCCUCUACCUGCAGUGUCACACACAGACGAGCACAUCGGCAGCAUCCUGGUGUGAAACCUUGAAGUCAUUGUCUGUUUACUGUACUUCCUUUGCACAUUACUCAUCAUUUAAACAGUCUGCUGCCAUAUUUCAUUGUAGUGGUGUUGUAUGUUUAUUCAGAUAUCCUUGCAAAUUUUUACAAGUGUUCCUUUUUUUUUUAAAGGAACUUACAUCAGUUAGGAUUCAUGUUGAUGCCAAGGGUUCACUAACGGUAAUAAUGGUUCUACAUUAAGCUACAAUAUUUUGUACAAGUUACUGAACAAAACAUUUUGCUUUAAGGUGAAGAGGCUCUGCUGUAAAUAGCACAUGACUAAUUUAGACUUCUUCUUUGUUGACACUCAAAUGACUGGACACUGGUGCAGUCACAGGGUUUCUUUAUUGUUAAUCCUUAGGUUUGUGUUUGUGGCCUAACUUUACAUUCCAGCACCUUGUUCACAACCGUAGCUGUGUGUUGAGGUGUAAGGUAGAUGGAUCUGAUCAGUACCCAUACGAUGCCUGUGGCUCAUCUCUGCAGAACUGGCACCAUUCUGACACAGUUUUAGACAGAAUUUUGUAAAGAAUUAAGAACAAGCGCAACUGACUGAAACAUGAAUGUGGGAGGAUUUUUCUGUAACAGUGCUGUGUAUUAUGUUGAGAAGAGACUAACUAAACUUUGGUAAACUUUAACACAUUUUAACAAUAAAAAAAGCUCUAGUGCU